UUUACGAUGUUACUAGGCGAGAAUCUUUCGAUGAUAUCAAAAGCUGGGACGAAAAUGUUGAAUACUACACGAAUAACCCACAUGUUGUGAAGAUGCUUGUUGGCAACAAGAUAGACCUAAUCGUUCGAUCGCCUUACUUUGAAAGCAAUCGAAAAGUUCUUACACCUGAUGGUGGUUUUACUCUCGACAGUUCUGACCGGGGAACCUCUUCGCCAGGAGGCAUUUGUGAAAUGGAUAAACCUAUUAAGAUAUUACUAAUAGGCGAUUCUGCUGUGGGUAAAACCAGGUUUGUGGUCUUGAAUGUACCUGAUAACCAAGUAUUAUGA